AUGUUGCAGACGACGGUGACCCUGGACCGAACCAAGAGGGAUCUGACACUCAAAGAUCAGGUCUACAAUGUGCAUAUCCCGAAGUCUGCUGGAAGCUCAUUCGCCUUGGAUGCGCAAGAGAUUUUGAGACCGCUGCACCUCAUUAGCCAAGAAGGAUGUCUAUCUUUGCAUCAGAGUAACCCGCAGCUGAAAGGCGCCAUCACGAUGCUAAGGGACCCCAGAGCACACGUCUUGUCCCAGUACAAGAUGUGCCGCAGCCAGUGGGUCUCCGAGUUCCGCACGGCCGUGCGGCAGCCGCUCAGCGGGGAGAGCGGUGGAGUGGAAGGAGUGGAACGGUGGAGAACCGUGGCACCGGUGGGGCGUAACGAGGAGUGGAGCUGUGGCACCGGAGGGGAAAGGCGACUGGGUGUUACCGCACCGCUUCGAGAACUGGGUGGACGCCUGGGAACGGCUCCGGGAAGAGUCCUGGCACGGCGCCCCUUGGGACGGCAGCAUGAGUCAGGGACUGAAGCCCGCGCGGUGACCGCGCUCGCGGCCUUUGCGAAAGGUGACGCGUGCCGCGGUGGGGACGAUUUUACCCCGAGCAACGAGCUGAGUGGUGCCACCAUGGAGCUGAAGAUUCGCGAAUCGCGCGCCACCUGCCGGGUGGUGCAUGGCAACGGGUGGAGCAUGGCCCCGGGUCUUUGGAAGUGGCGAUAUGGUGGGAUACUAGGCACGCGGCUGCGCAUGGAGGAUUGGCCUCAACUGGAUGGUGGUGGAACGGUUUGGCACUUCACCAAGGUUCCAUUCCAGCGCCUUGUCUUGUCUCGUGUGGGUGUGUGGGGUGGCUUCACGUCGUGGAUUGAACUGUGCUACAGCACAGAGAGGAGGUACCAGUCCUCGCUCUGUUUGCUCCACUGGCGGGUGAAUCAAACGCUGCCCUCGUAUUGCGACUGUAUGGACAAGCAGAGCUGGCAGUCCUUCCAAGGACACACUGAGAACCAGACGAACAGUACCUAUCAUGGGGAGGCCAAGCUCUCGCAGCUUUCCCGGAAAGUCUUGAAAGAGAUUGAUGCGCUCACUGCCACGGACCGUUUCCUGUAUGACUUCGCCUGGCGGCGCUUUGUGCGGGACUGCGACAUGGUCUUCCAACAGAGCGGGAAACAAAUCCUGCCUCCAGAGAGGCCUCCAGCACUCCUCCGUCACUUCAGGGAGUGGUCGACUGCCCUGCGAACCCAGGUGCAACGUCACUGGUCCUCCCGCGCCGAGUCUUUAAGUGUGAGACGGAUUGGCCGGCUGAUGUGGGUCAUGUCGCCCGAAGCCCUCCGCUGCUUGUCGGAUGCGCAGAACAUCUACCGUGAUCUUCAACUGUGGAGUUGUGAGGGUCACUACGCUGUGGAGCUUCAUAUGGCCAGACUCUACCUCGAGUCUGAACGACCUCACGAGGCUGCCAGCAUCGCGGAGGAGGCCUUGGUCUUGAUCCAGGAUCUGGGGGACCUCCACUCAGAGUACCUCGCCUACGGCCUCCUCUGCUGCGCGAUCUUGGAUGAUGAGUCAACUGGUGAUCGGCGCCUGCGAGCAGAGGGGCGUGCCAAGGAGGCGGUAGAACGCUUCAAGAUACAAGGCAAAAGGCCUCAUGCGCUGGCGCUGAGCUUGCUGGCAGGUGUGCUGGGUGAGACCAGUUCCACCUUAGAAGCCCGGACCAAGGUGGAGGAAGCACUGCGGCUAAGCCGAGACCUGGAAGACAUGGACCUCGAGGCCCAUCUACUCUUGAGACUCUCAAGUCUUCUGGCCAGCGAGAAUGACGACGAGACCUUGAAGGCCUUGGAGGGCGUCAUCGCGCUGUGCCAGCGUUUGCCGGAAAAGGCGGAACUCAUCGCCAGUGCUCGGUACCUCUCAGUCUCGCUGCUCCUGCGGAUGUUUGAUCCCAUGGACAGCUUAAGAGAGGCCUCCCAAGCACGUGCCUUCUUCGCAGAGGAGAAGGACCUGUAUCGGGAGGCCUUGACGUUGGUGGCCAUUGCCUCGGUGUGCUUCAGCCGCAAAGAUCUCUCGGAAGCCAAGGAGUCGUUGGCUCUAGCUCGAGAGCUCUUUCGAGAUGCCUCUGACCCUCGAGGUGAAGUCUUGGCCUUGAGCACCUUGGCCGAGAUGCACCAAGCGGAGAACGAGAUCCCUGAGGCCCUUGAGGUGCUUCAACGAGCACGGGCGGUGGCUCAGGAGGCGGGCUGGAAGGAGGAGGAGGUCCGACUCCUGGUCGAGAUCGCCAACCUGCAGCGUGCGGAGAACGUCAAGCUCUCGGCACGCACGGCGCGGGAGGGCCUGCGGAUCGCCAAGCAUGCGAAGAUGCUGGAGGGGCAGGUGCAACUGUUGAUGCAAUGUGUCCAGUGCAACCUGAUCCUGGCCUCGAGCAGCUGCUCCCGGAAUUUGUGGGAAGAGACGCGACGCUUGGCGGACGAUGCGGUGAUGCUCACCAGCGGUAUCAGCGCGGGAUGGCGAAGACGCCUCCAUGGCCUGGCGCUCUACUGGCAAGCGCACAGCGUGGCCCUGAAGGAUCGACCCAGUCUGUGGGGUGUGGGGUGUGAGCUCUGUCGAGACACCCAGAACUUGGGUUUGGAAGCCCAUGUCCAGCUCCUGGAAGCUCAGAUCCAGCUGCCCAAUGACAAGGGCAAAGCGGUGGAACUUUUAAGGCCUGCGAUGGCCACCUUCAAGAAGCUGGGUGAUCUCAAUGGCAGUCAGAUGGCUGAGGAGGUUCUUCAGCGGGCAACGGCUGUCCCAGUGGCACGCCCUGUGGAGCCCACCUCAACCUCCGAUGUGGCGGCCUUGACAGGAAUGCCUGAGCAGGUGGUCAGCAAGAAGUUGGAACGCCACUCGGUGCGCUCGCUGAUCAUGGACUUGGCCAAGGACGCCGUGGCCUCCGAGGACCAGCUCUUUGACGAUAGCGUGUUGAUGGAUAUGGGGAUGGACAGCUUGACGAGCGUGGCCUUCCGCAACGACCUGUCGAACCGAUUCCAGCUGGACUUGCCUGCGUCACUGAUCUUCGAGUACCCCUCCGUGGGCGAGCUGACCAAGCUUGUGGUGAGCAUGAGCGAGCAGUGA